AUGCCUGCGCAUCUUCAGGCCUCCGCGAACAUGCCACCAAAACGCCAAAAGGCGUCUGAGCCAGCUUCAACACCCGAGCCCAAGAGGCGUGUCACGCGCGCAUCUGCCAGAACAAACACCGGAAAUGCGAAAGACUUACCAGACUCAACAACAAAACUACCUGAGGCGAGACCAAAGACGACGAAAGGACGACAGGCGGCUAAUCCUAAGAAGCGUUCACCAAAGGAUACGACACCAGAGGCAGACGCGCAGCCCGAUCAAGAAAGCGACUCAGCACCCCAGAAUCGCACCACCCUCACCAUCACACACGAACUCGUCAAGAAACCAAUCGAAUGCCACCAAUACGCUCCCACAUCAUCGCCAUCCACCCCACCACCAACGCUAAUAUUCACCCACGGCGCAGGCGGCACACUCUCCGCCGACGCCGUAGUAAACUUCUGCACGGGAUACUCCUCUUCUCUCCCUAUUCUCGCUUUCCAAGGUUCAAUGAAUCUCAAAGCGCGGACCAAGGGCUUCCACGCAUGUAUCGAUGAGCUGAACUCCAGUCAAUCGACUGCACAAAAGGGAGCAAAAGAGGACACGGCUGGAUCGAAGACAUUGUUACUAGGCGGACGAAGCAUGGGGGCGCGCGCUGCUGUCAUCGCUGCUACCGAACAUCUCGCCUCACUAGACGACAAAGAAGCAGAAGAGUUGAACGUACAGCUCAUACUGGUAUCCUACCCACUCCUCGGCCCCAAAGACGAAAUGCGCGACCAAAUCCUGCUCGAACUACCAAAGAGCGUCCGCAUACUCUUCAUCAGUGGCGACGAAGACGCCAUGUGCCCAAUCGAUACGCUGAACGAAACGAGGGAUAAGCUGACGGCGAAAUCUCAGCUUGUCGUUGUUACCGAUGCGAAUCAUGGCAUGCAUGUUGUUCCCGCUAGCAGGACAAAAAGGGUAGGAGAAGAGACAGGGCGUUUAGCAGCACGAUGGGUAGAAGGGGAACCCAUGGAUGAUGACACAUACAUUGAUGAGCUGGAGGGCGAAGAAGAAUGGAAAUAA